UGCCUUCACCAACACAGACUGUAAUAACAUCUGAAAAUUUCAAAACUAUCUUGCGUUGGCACUACCCGCAUAUGUCUGAAACUCCUCAUUUUACUGUGGAAAUCCUACCUUAUGAUUUAGGUAAAUACAAGGUCAUCUCAACUUGUGUGAACAUUUCAGCUCAUUCUUGUGAUCUCUCAGGAGAAAUACAUGGGCCUUUUAUGUCUCAUUGGGUUCAAGUUAAAGCUGUUAUUGGGUCACAACAGUCCGAAUAUGCUAAGACAGAGGAGUUUAUUUGGCAAAAACAUGGAAAAAUAGGACCACCAAAACUGAGCCUCACAAGGCAUGGUGAUAAAAUCACAGUUGAUAUUUACCAUCCUGCAUUCCCACCUGUGGAGCUUCUUCACUGGAUUGAAGAAGUUUAUUAUCAUCUCAUUUACUUGGUGACUUUUGCAGAUACUAAAAAUCAGACUAGAGUGUUCAAUGCAGACAACUGCUCAAUGUAUAAAUGUAGCAUUGACAUCCCAAUUCCUACUUACUGCGUUUCAGCACAAGGAAGUUUAUAUGAGCAUGUGGUUCGUGGCACCCGGUCAGAAGAGAGCUGCAUUCAUGUUCCUCUCAAGCAGACAUUGAGCACACAAUACGUCAUCAUUCUGUGUGUUCUUAUUCUGAUCCUGAGUCUAACAUUGACAGUAUGUUGUGCCUGCAAGAAACUAAGGAAGAAGAACUUAAAACUGCCUUUGCCUAAGUCUUUGGUCAGUGUGAUAAGAAACUUGAACACAGACAGCAUUCUAGAAUCAAAAUCAGAGGGAAAAUACAUAUCUGUAGUAAGCUUCAUGCCAAGCCAGUCAUCGUUGCCGGUGAACGUUGAAGUAACCUCUCUGGAGGCAGAGCAAAAUGAAGAGACUAUUCGUCCUGAGAAUUGCAGUGAAGGAGCAUCUUCUGUUCUUCUCCCAGAGGCACCAGCUGAAGCAGAAGAGGUGUCUGUGCAGGUAAGCACAGAGGAGGUAUCUUCCAAUGAUGAACAGAAUCACAAAGGAAAAGAGAGUUACUUCAUUUCUCACAGCAACCAGAUGGAUGUAUGCAGUAACUCUUCAGGUCCAGAGGUUUCCGCCAAAGAUAUACAACAAACAGUCAUCCCAAGCAGCUGUCUCAAGUUUUCUGGCUAUGACAAGCCUCAUGUCCCAUUAGAUAUGUUGAUUGAUAUUGGUGAAGAACAGCCUGUGAUUGCUUACAGGCUGACUGACUGA